CGAUUGAACGAAUAUUAAGUGAAAAAUCUUUAAAAAAGAAAAAAAUAUAUCAAAAAGAGGCACCAAAAAGAAUUUAGAUUUUAGAGGAAGUAAAACGACAGUUGGACCAAAAGUAAAAGCACCUUGUUGGCCUUGUCGAUAUCAUCGGCAAGCAAUACAGAUUCUCAAACCACAGCUCAGGCCAGUAGUGGGCCCACCAAACACAAUCAUGCCAAUACUCAAUACUCUUCCUUUUUUUUUUUUCCUUAUUUAAGUUUCGAAAAAAAAAAUAGACUGACUUAUUUUAAUUUUUAAUUUGGAAUCUUAAACUAAAACUUUCCACCACAAGCUCCAAAUCUUUACAAUUCUCGUACGCCAAAUGAAUAUAUUUUUGAGUUGAUUUGGAAAGAAUAUAAUGGUGGGGUGGAUUUGAAAUAUAUUGUGGAGUGUGGAGGAUUAUAUAAAAAAGAUUGAUCGAUAGGUUAAAGAAUUGAAGGAAGAUGGGGGUGUUGUCUCUAUUGGAGGUGGCUUCCAUGCCCAACAUACAAGUUCUCCUCGUUUGUUUGCUGGGAGCUUUUCUGGCCACUGAUUACUGCAAUAUUCUUCCUGCCCAUGCUCGAACCUCUCUCAACAAGAUUGUGUUCAGUGUUUUUACUCCUUGUCUUAUGUUUGCAAAUUUGUCCAAGACUGUCACCUUUCAAGACAUCAUUUCAUGGAAUUUUGGGAUGGAUGGUCGUUAAAAUCUUUAAACCCAAGCCGUAUCUUGAAGGCCUUGUCAUUGCUUCCUCUGCCACUGGAAACUUGGGAAACCUACUUUUGAUCAUCGUGCCGGCCAUCUGUGCGGAGGAGGGCAACCCUUUCGGUGAUCGUGAAACCUGUACUUCUCGUGGACUCUCUUACGCCUCCUUUUCCAUGGCGCUUGGGGGUUUCUACAUCUGGACUUACAGUUACCAUCUAGUGAAAACAUCUUCCUUGCGACUGAAAGCACAAGAAGAAACGGAUCAGGAGGUGCUAAAAGCAGCCAACCAACCCGAUCUGCAAACUCAUCUGCUUCAAGACGACGCCGUUUCCACUUCCAACACCUUACCAGAGAUCGAAUCCCAAGAAGCUGUUGCCGUUCCCAGUUUGGAGAAACAGUUGGAAGAGGAAGCAUCCAAUUCCAUAUGGGUUAAAAUUCAACGCAUGCUUCGCGGUAUUAUAAAAGAGUUGAUGGAGCCACCAACAUUAGGAUCUAUUGUGGGAUUCAUUUUCGGAGCCGUCCCAUGGCUUAGAAAUCUCGUGGUUGGACAGACGGCUCCGUUUCGAGUAAUCCAAGACUCUGUCAAACUACUCGGUAAUUUAUGUGGCAGUGAUGGAACAAUCCCUAGCACCACUCUUAUACUAGGAGCCAACCUAACUCAAGGGCUACGGUCGUCGAGAGUGAAGCCAGUGAUCAUUCUCGGAGUGAUCGUAGUCCGCUACCUUGCGCUGCCUGCAAUCGGAAUUGUGGUGGUGAAAGCGGCGGAGGCGUUAGGAUUUCUACCACCGGAUCCGCUGUAUCAAUUCUUGUUGAUGGUUCAGUUCACAUUGCCGCCGGCCAUGUCCAUCGGCAUAAUGACUCAGUUGUUUGGAGUGGGUCAAGAGGAGUGCUCUGUUAUCAUGCUGUGGACCUAUUUAGGUGCGGCCGUUGCAUUAGCUCUUUGGUAUGCCGUCUUCAUGUGGAUCUUGACAAACUAAACAAAACCAUAACUUAUUAAUAAUUUACACAAUAAUACAUGCAUAUGCUCACCUCAACACAUUUAUCAUAUUUUCUCGCGAAGGGAAUUGGGGAAGAAAUUACUCCAUUUUCUCUCCUUCCAAUAUUAGUUUGUUGUUUGAUUGUGAUAUUUUAGUUGUGCAUUUGAUGGGGUGGUUGUGAGACGAGUAUUUUGAGUGAGUGGGAGAAUACAUUUUUGAGUGCUUGUAAAUUAAUCAUCUUUGUACACUUUUCAGUGCUAGCUUGGAAAUAUGCAACACUAUGCUAGUACAAUAUUAUUGGAAA